AAAUAGCAGAUGAUUUAAAUUAUUCAUUUGUAAAUAAUUUUAUUGUGGAACGGAGUGCAGUUUGCAAAUAUUAAAUAAAUAAUGUGCUAAUUACUUAGAAGCAAUUGUAAUAUUGAAAUUAUAUUAUUUUGCUGAAAAUCGGAGUCGGAUUUAUUUUAUUCUAGAUUUUUAUUGAAGCGAAAAUGGUGCUGAGUAGAAACGACAAGAGGAAAAGGAAAGUUGGUGACCUGGUUGAUCUUAUGGAUCCACUUUCUGAGUCUCCCAAAAGAGCUAAAGUUCACGCUCAAAGGAAAUUCGCCCAAGGAGCAGCCACUUUAUUUACUUCUCCUCAAACUUUAGUUAAAGAAAAAGAAAAACCUAAACCCAGUAAAGUCACUGAGUUGAUAACGCACAAACGUCCUAAUACUGAAGAUUUUUUAACAUUUCUUUGUUUUCGAGGAACGUCAAUAUUACCACCAAGUUUAGAUUUUUUUAAUGCCGGGUUAAAGAAAGACAAACCAGAAUCAAAAACAACAUCAAAAAAAUUAAAUAGUACAAGUAAUUCAACAUUUACACCGACACCGAGUACAUCUGGAGUAGGAUCAAAAGCAGUAACGAAUCAAAGUACAGGUGCUAAACCAACUGGAGCAACAAAAGUAACCGAGCCAACACGUAAAAAAGUAGCGACAGAGAUCCCAAAGCCGAUAAAUAAAUACAAAUCAGCGACCUCGACGAUCCAAGCUUUGAAGAAAAAGUACCAGGAGCAACGUCUGGCGAAGCAGAGGAUUGAAAAUAAAUUAAAGAAGACUUGCGUUAUAAGAACACGGUCUACCGUAGGCAGGCCUAUGCUGAAGACUGUUCACAAAUUAGCACCCCGUAAAUUUUCACGAGUUGAACCCAAGAGACACUGCCUGCGGAGCAACACGACCUUGGAGAAGCCGUUCAAGGCUUUUGGAAAAACGAAGAUGAUUAUAGCGUCCAAGGGAACGGCCAAGAAGAGAGCCGUGGUAAAAGAACCGAGUAGUGAAUCCUCGAGCUCAGAAUCUUCUUCCGAGGACAAUAAGUCGGACGUGAAGCUUACUCAGCAGAUAAAACGCACGAUUAAGAGCAUAAAGAAGAAUGCAGGAACGAAUAAGCCAGAGUCGAGACGAGUCACUCGGUCUUGUAGAGAAGUAACAACUACGGCUGCUGCAGUUGCUCAUCAACAGUCUUCAACUCAGAGGCCUUCUAGGAAGACUAAAGAAGCUGCUGCUGUUUAUAUGGAGAUAUUGAGUAGGAAAUUAGUUAGUCCUGAUUUAGAUAAUGAUGAUAAUUUGUCUGUUGAUAGUUAUCCAGAGUUACCGAACACUAGACGUCUUGUUGAGACUGAAGCUAAAGUUAAAGUUAAGAAGUUGGUGAAAGAAAAGGAUAAAGGAAAGGAUAAAGAUAAAGAUAAAGAUAAGGAUAAGGAUAAGGAUAAAGAUAAAAAUAAAGAUAAGAAAGAAGUAACGAGUAGUAAAUCAAAUCCUGGGGGAGAUAAAGGCAAAGAGAAGGCUGUAGCUAAGAAUAAAAAAGCUGUCAAGGUUCAGGAGAUUUCUGAGAGCGAAGAAGAGUCUGUUAGUUCUGAAGAAAGUACUAGAGCUAGAAGGAUGACUAGACGAAGCAGUAGCAGUGUGCCCACGGUGAAGCCAGUUACCCGCAGUCUUAGAUCAUCUUCAAGAAAUUCUCCGCAGAAGAUAGAUUCGCCGGUUGUUUCGGCUAAAAAAAACAAAACUUGGGUCAGGCGCAAGCGAGAGGUCACUGGUUCACCGGUGGAAAAAAUCAAGGAGAAGGAGGAGAAGGAGAAGGAGAAGGAGAAGAAACCUAAUGAGAAAAAGAGCAAGGAGGAGAAAGUAGAUGAAGAUUCUAGUGUGAGUAAAGUUAAGAAGAAAAAAGAAGAUAAGGAUGAGAAAGUUGAAAAAGAUAAUAAAGUUGUAAAAAAGGACGUUGGGAAGGAAAAAGUUGAGAAAGAUAUCAAAGGGUCGGAUGAUGAAGAAUCUUUUCGAGGAUUCACGAGUAAGCCGAUCACAAAGUUAAUUAAUUCGCGCAAUAGUCUAAGUGUGAAUUUAAUAGCUUCGGAGGAAGUUAAUAAAAAAUUGAGUGCUUUGAAAACAGUUACUUCUGAAACUAGAGAAAAAGUUGGUAAAACUGAAGGUUCUUUGGUUGUUAAUGAUGGGGAGGUUAAAUCUGAGCAGAAAGAAUCUCUGUCGAGUCAUGUACCUGUUGUCGGAUCGCUGUCGUCUCAAGCAAGUAUUUCAGAGCCUGAUAAAAAAUUAAAUCGCGUUGAAAAUUUAAAUCCUCCGGUAGUAGCGCCUGUUAUUAAUAUUCCACUGAUAACUUCCUCGCCGUUGGGGCGAAAAGAGCGGGUUAAUAUGUCGACAGAGCAAAUUGAAAAGUGGCUGAAUGAAAGUUCUAUGGCGAAAGAAGAGAGUAAAGCUGAGAUGGAGACUGUUAGUAAUUUUACUUAUGAAGUUCCUAAGAGUAAGAACGAUAUGAAUCAUUUAUCGAUUCCGAGUCGGAUUCAGCAUCUGGUGAGACCAGUGAAUGUCGCGAUUGCUAAAAUGGCCGAGAGAUCUUUGACGCAAGAACGUCUGAAUAACGCAGUUAGAGCUGCUACGCUUGUCAAUGCGGGGACUAUUGUAGGUGCUGGAAUUGCUAAUUUGUCUUCUCCAGUGAGUCUUGUACCCACGACUAACAGGAAUAAAAUAAAUGCUGAUAUUAAGGAAAUUAUUAAGGGAAGAAUUGCUAAGACUACUGCAACAGCUUGUGCUGUGAAUAAAGAUACUGUUUGCGAAGACAGUGAUGUAAGCUCUAGAGCUGACGGGACUACUUCUGUUGAGGGAUCUCCUGAGAAAAAAUCUCCUGAUAAGAAGUCAGUGGUACGCAAAACAUUUCUGCCCAAGGUUAAGGAACGCAAGACAGCUAUUCCGAGUAUCAAUGCUUUUUCUCCAGAAAAUGAGAGCAGUGUUUAUGCAUUUGAGAGCGACACUGAAGCUCCGGUCAACACUCCGUUCAGGCGGAAGCAGCGCGACAGCAAAUCCGGGGCUUCUGGUUCCUCCGACUUGGAUGUGUCGAGAGCAGAAAGCGAGGACGGAAACGCACGAGCUUCUGGUAAGUCUACUGAAAAAGAGGAUAAAUGUGGAAGCAAGUCAAAAAGCGUUGGCACAAGCAGUGAAGAUGUUGAAGCUAAAUCUUUUGUAACUGGAGAUAAAAUCAAGGAACCGAGUGGUAGCUAUCAAAUACCUGGUACGUUUCGGAACAUGUCUAAUGUGCAGGUAGUUCCGCUGGGAAAAAUUCCCAGUGUGUGGAAUAAUGUCAAUUGCAGUGCAUCAAUAGCCGUUCAGGUGAAUUUUGACGACCAGUCUCAAGAUUUGCAGACCCAGGGCGCUGAAGAGAGCCAACUGGUUCAACGCAGCACGGAAAUCUCAACACAAACUGAGAACACAAAUGAGAAUGAAGAUGAAAACGAUGCGCAUGUAUUUUACAUUCCCUUGCAAACUGUCGCGAGGAGUGGUCCCAAUUUGGCGCAAGGCCAGCCGUUGAUACAAGGAGUGGCUGUUAAAUUGGGCACGGAGGGACCUACGGGACCUAAUCAGCGAGUGCUGUUGAGAGCACAGUUGGUCACCAAGCCUCCGAUGGCUGUUGCGAGGUGUCCACCUGUGGGGACUGUUCAACCUACUGCUCGAACUCCGCCGACUGAUAGUGAUCCUGUAGCUUCUACUUCAAGGUCCACGUCUACGUCUACUUCAACUUCGACGUCCAAUUUGUCACCGAUAAAACCUAAUGAGGCUUCGCAAGAAGUUACUAAGCAAACUGGCGUAGCGGAAAAAAUUCCUAAGUCUCCUAAAGCAACUCGUGAGCGUAAAAGUUCAGCAGAUGCGCCUAAAGUUGCCAGAAAACUUUCUGCUAAGGCUAAGAAGAACGCUGAGAUGGCUGAUAAGUUGAAGUUUUUCCCGAAAAUGGAGGAGAAAGGUGAAGCAAGGUUAGUAGACGCUCCGACUUUUUAUCCUUCUGAGAAAGAUUUUCAGGAUCCGCUUGAGUAUAUUGAUAAAAUAAGACCUAUUGCGGAGAAAUAUGGAAUUUGCCGGGUUGUACCGCCUUCUAAUUUCAAGCCUGAGUGUAAAGUGUCGGAUGAUAUGAGAUUCACGGCUUACAAUCAGUAUAUUCAUCGCAUGCUUCAUCGUUGGGGUCCAAAUGUCAAAGAAAUGAUGGCAAUUAAAAAAUAUUUGGCCACUCAGAGCAUCACUUUAAAUCAACCGCCCUGGAUUGGAGGUAUGGAGGUAGACUUGCCGCAUUUGUAUCAAACUGUUCAGAGUUUGGGAGGACUGAAAGAAGUGAUUGAGAAAAAAAAGUGGCAGAAAGUCGCGGAUGGAAUGAAAAUUCCGAAAUCUGCUCAGGAUCGUGUCACUAAGCUCGAUGAUAUUUAUUGCAAGUAUUUAUUGCCCUACGACACGUUGUCGACGAAUGAGCGCGAGAAGUUGUUCGAUGAAGUGGAGGCUGAGUGGAGAAAACGCGAGAGCAAAGCACUGCAGAGACUCAAUAGUACGCUGUCGAGUGACAAUGAUGAUGAUGAAGACGAGGACAGUUCUGAUGAAACUGAGGAGUGUAUUGUCAAGGGUAGAAACAUGCCCUUAAACGCUUUCUACAGGAUUGCGCGGAACACUCAGCGCAUGUGGUUCUCGGAAAACCAGAGUGGGAUUGAAGCUGAUGGAGCUUCUGCUUGUGAAGUUGAAGCCGCUUUUUGGAAACACGUGUCUGAGCGCAAGCGACAUGUUUGCGUUCACUCUGCAAGCAUCGACUCGAGUGGCCGUGGGUUUGGGUUCUCUGUUGCUAAAAACAGUCCUUUUGCAAGACAUCCUUGGAACCUCAAGGUCUUGACUAACAGCAACGGCUCGGUCCUGAGAGCUUUGGGUCCGCUGAUGGGUGUCACUGUCCCCACGCUUCAUGUUGGUAUGCUUUUCAGUGCUUGCUGCUGGUACCGCGAUCCCCACGGCUUGCCUUGGAUCGAAUAUUUACACACUGGUGCUAAAAAAAUCUGGUACGGAAUUCCUGAUGAGCAUAGUAAUAACUUCCGAGAAGCUUUGUCGAAGAUGGUACCGAGGUUUUGUAAAAAUAAAACUAUCUGGCUGCCGUCUGACACUGCUAUGGUGCCGCCGGAGAUGCUGGUUAGCAAUGGUGUUCCUUUGUGUAAGACUGUUCAAGAACCUGGACAAUUUAUUGUUGUUUUUCCUAAAGCAUUCACUUCCAGUAUUUGUACGGGGUAUGUUGUCUCGGAAAGUGUUUACUUUGCACAGACUACGUGGCUUGAACAUGCUGAACAAAUAUUUAAGGAUCUUCAAGAUAGCUGUGAACCAUCAAUGUUCUCAUUUGAACGGUUACUUUUUAGUAUUAUUAAUGAUACUAGAUCUCAUGUAGAUGUAUUGAAACAGAUUUUACCGGUUGUUACAAAAAUACGAGAGCGAGAAUUAAACUAUCGUCAACAAUUAGAAUAUUAUGGAUUGAAUAAUAAGGAAAAAUUACCAUUACCUGGUAGCGGUAAACGUAAAAAAGGACAGAAAUUUUCUGAAGAUGAAGACGAUUACGAGUGUGAAAAUUGUCGCGCUACUUUGUUUGUUUCUUUAGUUAAUAAUUCUCAAGACGAUGGUGUUUACUGUCUUCCUCAUGGAUUACAAUUGAUAGGACGUAAAAAACAAGUACUUAAACAUUGUACUUUGAAGUAUACGUAUAGUGAGGACGAGUUAGACGAAUUGAUUCACAAACUGGAGGAUAAAAUUGAAGCCAAAUCUAAAAGAACUAAUCAAACUCGACAAGCUAGACUGUAAUUUAUUAUUAUUUAACGAUUUACUUAAAGCAAUUUAGAUGGUAAUUAUUAUUUUAUUUAACUUAAUAAUAUGCUUUCCAGAGAUCUAUUAUUAAUUAUUUAUUUAUUUCAAUUAUUCUUUAUAUUUAUAUUCAUAUCGUUAAUCACAAUAAGGCUAUUGAUUUUUAUCUCAUUACUUACAUAAAAUUAUUCACAAUGUAUCACAGUAGCAAUACAAUUUUAUCAAAGUGCAGACAAUAUUUUGAUAUUUUAAGCAAUCGCAGUUAUGAAGAAAAAAUAUAUAAAUUAGUGCCAAAAUAUUUUAAGUGCAAAUUGGAAUGUUUU